CCGUUAUCCAGCCUCCCGAUGGAGCUUCUUAUAGAAAAUCAGAUUUUUGUACGGAGUUAAUUAAAAAUGCGUUUGUUAUUGUUGAUUUUUUGUUUAUUGUGUACCAGAGAGUCCGUUUCAGGUGUCAACAACUCAAACGCUCGAAAAACACCAGAAGAAGAUUACUACUUAAACUAUGACUAUGAAACCGAAAAUAAUUCGGUCAACUUAGAUCUAAAAUCAAAUUCCUUAUUCCUGCCGAACCCUCAAAAUCUUCAAUCAAAAUAUACGGUGGACGUGCUACCGAACGUGGAACUUCCUGAAGAUUCUUUAGCUGAUCCGGAUUUGCGAGACCAUGACUUUAUAGACAACAUAAUGUACGUGUAUUAUGGGUCCCAUACAAGGAAUACUGGGACGUACGGACCGGAAAUCAUUAUUAUUGGGUCCGUACUCAGUUGUUUCGCGCAGCUGCUCACGAUUUUUUGCGUGUUGCUCAAAAAGAAUCAAAGAGGAGAGAAGAUGAUGACUUAUAUUUUUUUCCAAAUUCUGGGAACGUUUUGCAUAUCAAAUUUGAUAUUUAUGUUAGGAGUUUAUGCUACCAAAAGUGCAACAAAAUGUCUGAUAAUAUCAUUGAUAUUAUAUUUUCUUCAUUUAAUGACAUCAGUUUGGCUGUGUUUAUAUUGUUUCUAUAUCUACAAACGUUUUUCUACUGGAGGUUUAAUCAAAGAACGUCAUUUGAAAGUCAAAUAUUUUAACAUGGCUGCCUACGAUAUCCCUACAUUUCUAACAUUGGCAACAUAUUUCAUGACGCCACACAGCUACGAAUCCAGAAGAUUCUGCUUCAUAUCCGUUCAAAAAGGAAUGAUUUUGAACUACAUGUUUCCGGUCUCAAUCUUAAUAUUCCUAACAACGAUUCAUUCCCUCAGCGGGAUCAGAAAAAUUAACAUGGAACUGUGCAAACUGGAAUUAAAUAGUUCCGCAGAAUCGUUAAACGCCCUCAGGAAUGAGCUGGAACUGUUAAAGGAUCACAAAGAUGAUGCGAUGGACGAGGAAAUUGUCAGUUUGAGAGAAUCAAAGACUUGUUUGAAAUUGCUUUGUGUCAUACAAACGGGGUAUGACAUUGUCUGGUUCAUAGUCGUUUUGGCUUUAGAGAACGUCAAUGAAAGCAGUGGAAUGGCUAUCAUUUAUGCUAUUUUAUCCUGUUUAUUGAAUUGGUAUAUAUUCAUCAAACGAAAAAGUCUAAUGCCUACUCUAAGCGAUCUACCCGACGACAUGGAGGAAGUUGUUGUCCAAAAGGAACAAACUCAUAUUGUUACUGCAUCGGCUAAUGUGUCACGUCGAGGCUCAUCAGACAGUAUUCCAUUACUUAACUCGGACACUUGCACUGAAAUGCGCGAAUUAAGAUUAGACCAUAUAAGUACAAUAACGACAUAAAUAAUUUAUUAAUUUUUAUAUUUUGGAAAUAAGUACCCAGUAAUAGAUGGUCAAAAUGUAUUUUUGACAGUUUCGCGGCAUUAAAUUCUUGUAGUGUUAUUGACUGAACGUUUGUAACAGUGUCAAUUGUCAUAUUUUCCUAAUAGCGUUAUUUGCGGGAAUGGGACGUUUCGGCGUGGCCAAUUCGGCGUGGUCAUUUCGGCGUGGCCGUUUGGACGUCGGCCAUUUUGGCGCCGGCCCAUUUCGGCGAACUUAACAACAUAAUUUUUAUAAAUUUUGAAUAAUUGUUAUAUUUAUUAUAAUUAGGUAUAUUAUAAUUAAAUAAUAAAACUGUUUUCGUGUCGAAAAGAAGACUAAAAUAAAAUGUCUGUAUACUAUAACUAAAGUAUAUAUGUACAUAUAAUAUAUUUAAUUGUAUUAAACUUAUUCACGAAAUUACAUGUUGUAGUUAUUUUGAACAAGCCGUAAAAUACGUUCAUCUGCAUCCCUGUAUUUUUUUAACUUCAAUGGUGGGAGAUGGCCCGCCACAAGUUGCUCGAAAUAUAAAUCUCGACCUUUCUGCACUUGACGCCAUCAAAGGCAUGAUUUAAAUGAUCGAUAGAAACAAAUGCCAAAGGUAUCACCAUUCUGCAAUUUAGAGAGAAUUGUCGA